AAGGCAGAUUGUGUACUACUUGUCAGGGAUUGAAGACGUACAGCUCGACAUAUCAAAAUGUUUAAGCUCCUUUUCUUGUGCAUUGUGCCGUUCGUGAUGUGUGCCCCGUCAGAAAAACGCUUCAUUGACAGUCUAGGAAUAUCAUUGGGAAAUGCAUUUGACCUGGACACGUUGAAAUGUGAUGUUCAAAUACUAUUGGAUGUGGUGGGCAGUGAUCCAACAGAAGUAGCCUGCGAGGCAGAGUGCCACAAGCUGAUACAGGAUGGAACUUUGUUUACUUACGGCUGUCCUUUAGUCUGCCAUGCGUUCCAAAACCUCGCCCACUAUUUCCACGAAACACCAAAGCCAGGCCAGGCUAAUUCUACAUGCGGGGGCUUAACUGGAACUCUGCUCAGAUAAUAUGCUUGAAUGUGUGUUGUUGUAAAACAAAUAUUGAAAAGGAAUAAAAGAGCAACUAACCAA